AGGCAUAUGGGAGAUGCUUGCGGCAUGGUCAUCGCGAUCAAGAGCAAAAGUCGAUGAGAGGCUUCCAAUAGAGGAAGAACACCGGCCGCCUGGUGAGCGCGCUAGCGCCAAAAGGAAGCAUUAUUCCGAGCUCAGUCUUAGCCAGAUAAGGUCGGGACACUGCGCGCGAGAGGAACCUGAUUCGAUCACCUUGCAGCCAUUGGUCCGUGCUGAGCAGUCACAGUACGCGUUACUACAUAAAACAAGGAGAGCAUUAUUGACCACGGGCCCAUCCCUCAAAAUUACCAUCUCAAUAGGGUCAACGAACGCUCAAUGCAUCUCAUCCUCACCGGUGCGACGGGCCUCGUGGGGUCUGCCGUGCUGCACCACAUCCUCUCGCUGCCGCCGACGUCUGCCGCCGCGCAGCAGCUCAGCCGCCUGACGAUCUUAGGCCGGCGCGCCGAGAUCCCGCUGCUCAGCCACCCGGAUCGCCCGACGGCUAAUACGCAGACCAAGAUUGCCGUGGUGCCCCACGCCGACUUCAACAGCUACAGCACAGAGGUGCUCUCGAAACUCAAGGACGCUGGUGACGGCGACGGCAAGGUCGGUGUCGUCUGGGCGCUCGGAUGCUCGUCGCAGGACGUCAAGGAGGAGAAGCUGUACGACGAAAUCACGCGCAUCUACCCUCUCAAAGCUGCCGAGGCCUUUUCCACAUCGCUGGGCGCGCAGCAAGUCAACUUUGUCUACGUCUCGGGCGAAGGCGCGACGACGACCCCGGGCAUGUUCACGAUGAUGUUCGGCCGCGUCAAGGGCCAGACCGAGCGAGAGCUCCUCGAGCUCAUGUCUCGGGAGCCUUACAGCACAGCUCUCCGCGUCUACUCUGCCCGGCCCGCCGCAGUCGAUGGGGGAAAGCAGGCAGCAAUCAAUGACGAGGCAGCAAGGAGAAAUUACAGGCAGUCGGUGGCCUUUAAGGCUACGGAAAAGUUGCUCCUUCCCCUGUUGCGUGCGGGCCUGAUGAAGUGUUUCCACAGUCCUACGCAGGAGCUGGGAAGGGUGUUGACGGAGUUGGCCAUGGGCAAUGGCGAGAAGCUUUCGGGAAAAGGCGUCGAGGGCGAGGGCAGGACCAUCUCGAAUGCAGGAAUAAGGGAGAGGUAGAGGUCCCAGUCAUUCUUGCACCUGGAAUCCCCUCAUGUCUUUCUCUUGUUUCUUUUUGCGAGAUGAUAGAUGCUUCUAGUCGAGUGGAUGUGCGGGGCCAUGAACGGGAAGUAAUAAAUGGAUACGGGCUGGCAUCUUGGUCGGAUAUUGCAUGCAACAGUGUGCAAACAAGUCAAGUCUGCGAACGCGCAGUCGAAGACGCCCUGACUUUAACGAGAGGCAGGGCUGGUUGUAGAGCUAAAUCCUCAGUCGCACAGUCUCUCGCGAGAAAGAGGGGUAACGGCCCUACCACAAUGGCCAAAGCUUUUGAAAUGAAGGAACAUUGGGCAUACAAGGUAGAGUAGCAAGGAUACACGGAUGGAAUCUGGACGGCCCGCCCACCUACUUACACUUGUCGGCGGAAUUCUUGUUGAUGAGGCACAUUCUCCACGUACCAUUUUGUGGAGAGCUCCAAUUAUCCUCAUUUCCACUGAUCCACGUCUGUUCGUUUGGACCA